AUGAACCAUAGAAACUCUUCCCGCGCUUCCAAGAGAGACUCGGCCGGCUUUGUCCAGCUCGACGGCGGCUCAAUGACAGAACACGACAUCCCCCUCACCAACGUCCGGAGCUACGCCUCCUCGACCGGCGCCCGCAAGGCUGGCCCUGUCAAUCACGCCCACAAUGACUCGAGCGACUCCAAUGGCGAGAAGCAUGGCCACCAUGGCCGCCGCAGGAAGCUCGCCCCCGACGGCCUCAAGCGCACCGGCACCGGCGACGAGACUCAGCGCAAUGCCCUCGGCCGCCUCUACGAAAAGAUUGUGGGCUUCUCCGUCAUCACAAGAUACAUGGUCUACGUUGUUCCCGUCGGUAUUCUGCUAGCUAUUCCCAUCAUUGUUCUCCAGGUCACUGGUCACCGAAACAAUAUCAACGUUGGGAAAGGCAGUGUUAAAGACGAAGAUGUGCAAAAUGGCCCAUCGCUUUUCAACAUCUUCCUCUGGAUCGAAAUUACGUGGCUGACACUCUGGGCUGCGAAGCUUGUCGCUCUUUUGCUUCCCCAGGUCUUCAUGGCUCUCUGCGGUAUUGUUAGCGCUGGCGUACGCAAGUAUGCUACUGUUCUUCGUAACAUGGUUAUCCCUUUUUCGCUCUUCUUUUGGGCCCUUGCUACCUGGCUCACUUUCAAGAAUCUUUUUAGUGAAGCUAUUGGCCCAAAAAACAUCAAAUGGUGCAUCAAUCUGGAACGUGUUCUCGGCGCUACUUUUGCAUCGUCUGCCGUUUUGCUUGCCGAAAAGGCCAUUAUCCAGCUCAUUGGUGUCUCCUACCACCAGCGCUCUUUUGCCCUGCGCAUCAAAGAUUCCAAGCGCGAAAUUCGCCUGCUUGGUCUCUUGUACGAGGCUUCCCGAACUCUCUUUCCCAUGUACUGCCCCGAGUUUGCCGAAGAAGACUACGUCAUCGACGAUAGUAUUGAGAUGAUGUUGCGCAAAAAGGCAGGCCACAAGCGCCAGGGCUCUGCAACCCCCAUGAAACUCAUUGGUGACGUUGGUCGCAUCGGAGACAAGGUCACUUCCGUUUUUGGUAACAUCGCCUCGGAAAUCACUGGAAAACAAGUCUUCAACCCGCACUCCUCGCACACAGUCGUCAUCGAAGCUCUCGAGAAAAGACUGCCCUCUGAGGCUCUCGCCCGGCGCAUCUGGAUGUCUUUUGUUGUAGAGGGCAAGGAGGCCCUGUAUAUCGAAGACUUUUACGAGGUCCUCGGCCCUGCUUACAGCAGCGAAGCUGAGGAGGCUUUCGCUGUCUACGACUCCGAUCUGAACGGCGACAUUAGUCUCGACGAGAUGGUCCGCAGGACUGUCGAGAUGGGUCAGGAACGUAAGGCUAUUGGUGAAGGCAUGAAGGACAUCGGCCAGGCUCUUCGCGUUCUUGACAAGGUGCUCCUGUUUAUCGUUCUCCUCAUUUGCAUCUUCAUUUUCUUGGCGUUCUUCAAGAGCAGCUUCGUCACUGUUGUUGGUACUGCCGGCACUGCUUUGCUCUCUCUCUCUUUCGUCUUUGCCGUCACCACUCAGGAGUUCCUCGGCUCCUGCAUCUUCCUCUUUGUCAAGCACCCUUACGAUGUCGGUGACCGUGUCGAUGUCAACGGUAGCCAGAUGGUUGUUGAGCGCAUUUCUCUGCUUUACUCGGUCUUUAAGCGCCUUGAUAAGUCGCAAGUCACUCAAGUUCCCAACAUUCAGCUCAACAAUCUCUGGAUCGACAACAUUUCUCGCAGCAAAGCCAUGGCCGAAACUAUCGAGCUUAACAUUUCCUUCGACACCAGCUUUGAAGAUAUUGAGCUGCUCCGCCUCGAGAUGGAGAAGUUUGUCCGCCACCCUGACAACUCCCGCGACUUCCAGCCCGACUUCUCUAUUAGCAUUGGCGGUGUCGGUAAUCUCGACAAGAUGCUCCUCUUUGUCUCAAUCAAGCACAAGUCCAACUGGCACAACGACUCGGUUCGUGCCACUCGCCGCUCCAAGUUCAUGUGCGCUCUCGCUUUGGCUAUCAAGAAGGUUCCCAUUUACGCUCCCGGUGGCGGUAACGAGGCCCUUGGUGCACCUGGCAACCCUAGCUACUCCGUUGCCGUCACAGACGAGAUUGCCGCGGCUGGUCGCGACAAGGCCGCCAAGGACAAGGAGGCUGCUCGCAUGGUACCUACCAAGCCCGCACAGACCGAGAAAGAAGCCGCCGCAGCCGAGCGGGCCGCCGUCGCCGAGCUCACCACCGUUCCUCUCAGCCUCGAUACCGCGACCAGCAUGUGGGAUUCCCGCGACGACACCACCGUCAGCGCCGUCGAUGAGUCAGUGGCCGAAGACGCGCGGCGCUCUCGCGAGAUUGAGGCGAUGCGCUCUGAGCUCCACAAGAAGGAGAGCCAGCGCGGCCGUCGCAAGGCUGGCGAGGGUCUGACGGGCACCACGGGCCUGACGCCCACCGAUAGCCACUUUUCGCACCAGAAGAGUCCGCGCCUGGAGACGUUUGACGAGGAGGCCUCAACGGACAUGCCUUCAACGUUUUACGACCGCAACCACCCCUCUGGAGCGGGUGGUGCCAGCGGGCACAAUCAAGGCGGAUUCCAGAAUGUGCGCAUCGAGGAUGAGGAGGAACCGCGCCGCUCUACGUCGCUCAAUGUCCACAGUCACCCGGUUGGACGCCGGCCCUCCCGUGGUCCGUCGCCUUCAAACUACAGAUGA